CAGAUGCUUCAGUCAGUGGAAACCCGUCAGCUUGCGGCUCGCAGGAGUUUCACGGAGGAUUUAAUUAUCUGUCAUUUUAUACACCAGAGCAGCACGAGCAGACAAAAUCCUGCAGAGACUGCUGUGACCAUCUCCAGAGGCUGCUGGUGCGCAAAGAGAGCCAGAAGAAAGACAUCAUGAGUGACCGCUUAGACUGCAAAACCUGCAACGAGUCCCUGUGCGGACGCAAAUACAUCCAGGUGGAGGACAAGCCUCACUGCAUACCAUGCUACGACCGCCUGUACGCCAACACCUGCCAGGAAUGUAAAGAAGUCAUCGGCCAUAAUGCCAAGGAGCUCUUCUAUGAAGACAGACAUUACCACUCGCACUGUUUCCGUUGUUUCCGCUGCGACCGCUCUCUGGCAGACGAGCCCUUCACCAGCCAGGAGGACGCGCUGGUGUGCAGUGACUGCUACUGCAACGAAUAUUCCUCCAAGUGUGUGUCCUGCGACAAGACAGUCAUGCCAGGGUCGAAGCUGUUGGAGUACGGCGGCUCCACGUGGCACGAGGACUGUUUCAUGUGUCACGGCUGCGAGAAGCCGAUCGGUGCCGAGGCCUUCAUCCCAGACAACAACAACUACUACUGUGUGCAGUGCUACGAGGGCAGGGUGGCUCCUCAGUGCAGCCACUGCAAAAAGGCUCUGACUAAAGGAGGGGUGACCUACAAGGACGAGGUGUGGCACAAAGAGUGUUUUCUCUGCACGGGCUGCAAAGCUCCACUGGCUGGCCAACCCUUCACCUCGCAGGGGGAAAGUCCGUACUGUGUGAAGUGUUUCAGCAGCCUGUACGCCAAAAAGUGUGCCGGCUGCAACACGGCUAUCACAGGGUUUGGAGAUGGGAAGUACGUUUCUUUUGAGGACCGGCAGUGGCACCAGCCGUGCUUUAAGUGUUCACGCUGCUCCGUGUCGCUGGUGGGCUCCGGCUUCUUCCCCGACCGUGACCAGAUUCUGUGUACAGACUGCAACAACGACGACUGACCGCCACUAACCACACCUGCAACACCUGCAGCAAAUAUCAAACACUGCAGACACCCGCAACAAAAACUUCUACACCUCAGCCGUGCACAUGAACACUGCAAUAUUAGUAAUUCACUCACAGUGUAACGCUGAUCCAAAGCUCAGUAUUUACAGCUCAAAACUCUCGUCAGCCUUUAGCACAAAUGUUUGUAUAAAUUCUGCAGAAAUGUCCUGAGAUGUACGUGUAUGACUUUGUUUUUCUUUAUUUUAUAUUUCGCACAUCAAAGACUAAACUAAAUAUAAAAAACAUAUAUGUAAACUUCUUUUCAUGACUGCUAGACGCAACCAAAAUUUGAAUGUUACGACCUAUACUUGUUUUUCUACUUCUUAAAGAAUAUUACAAUUUAUAAAACUGCCCUUCUUCUUCUCCCACUACUUGAUGUAUGUAAACGUAUUUGUUGAAAAUGAUCUGUUGCGAAAAAACAUAUAUAUUUAGUUUUAUUUUCAGCUUAAAACAAUGUUUACUGCCGUACAUGCAAUAAUAAUAAAUGUAAAAAAACAAAGUGUUGUGUAUAAAUUAAAUAUUAAAUGGCGUAUUUGUCUAUGUGAACAUCUCAUAAUGCAGUAGGGGUCCGUUUACCCUUCAGCUUUGGCUUCCAGCUGCACACAGUUGUGCUUAUUCUUUCUACAACACACUCAGUAAUGGCAAUGUUUUUGCAAAGGUAGUCUUCUGUUUAAUGACGCUAUCUAUUUCAAAGGUUUCUCUCUGUACACACAAGUGUUCAGAGUCAAAUGUUGAAAUGUGUUUUCCUCUCUCACUAAGAAACAAAUGAUCGAGCCACACACAAUCUUUGUGUAAGAUGUGUCAAGGAGCUGAAGCUAAAUAUUCCUUCUACUGAUACUUAAUAAAACAUUUUAUAA